AUGGAAGAUCUCGUCCCAGGUCUCCUUUUGCCAGUACUUGCGAACGGUUUCUCUGAAACCCCAUGUGUUUGGUCCAAUGGAAACCAGGUCGAGCUGGUGGCCGAACAAGAUCGUGUGAAGCACAUUGGCGGCACCGUAGUAGUCUGGCUCGUAUCUCCACGCGUCCCAGUUACACACCGCAGGGAACAGGUCGUCUUCCAACUGGGCAGAGAAGCGGACGUUUUCUGGGAACAAGGACAGAUCGAUCGACCGUUCGAAGUCUAUGAGUUUUAG